AUGAACUUCUUCAGCAAGCACAGUUGCGGUAAAUCAAACUUCGACCACAUUGGUGUACCCUACGAGGAGCCUCCGCCGCGACACGGACGCAGCGUUGUAAUUGACUUAGAUAAUGUUUCAAUCGAAAUCCCAUCCCACCUAAAUCAAAGGGGCGGUGCUUCAGGAUAUAAUCGUAGGGAAGAAUCUCAACAACGCCAUCACGGUGUCUCUACUAUGGAUCCGCUGUCCGAUGCAACGGUGAGUGCGGACUUUCGCUCAGAUUCACAUAGUUCAUCGAUCGUGUCUUCUGGUGGCAGCAUUGCAAUCCACCACGGUCGCAACACUCCAAUUAAUUUUACAUGCAGUGGAUAUCCAGAGGAUAUACUCCGUUUCUGUUCCUGCAUCUCUUCUUUAUCUCACUAUCCCGCAGCUACCAAACCACCAAAACCAGUUGGUCCAUUCCGGGUGGACAUAUUCUAUAUCAUCUUGCUGUUUAUAGACGCGAGUAGUAUAAGUGACAUCUUGGCAGUGGGCAGCACCUGUCGUUUCUGGAGAUACCAUUCCAACUACGCGCCACAUUGGACUUACUUUCGUUGCAAAGCAUGGUCUCAACGUGAGAUAGACCUGCCGCAAUACAUACGGGCGAUUGUUACGAAACCCAAGAUUGUCACUCGGGAGGAAUACAUUGAGGAAAUAAAGCAAGUUGAGGCGUGCAGGUCUCACGAAAAGCUUGUGAGCACUGCGAAGUACCUGCACUGGUGUGUAGCUAUCGCUCUUUUGACAUGCACAAUGAUCGUUGCUAAUUUUGCUGCUGCUUAUUUACUCAGCUUAUUAUCGUCAAUAUUGGUAUCGGACGUAAUAUUGGGUAUCGUUGUGUUUUCAUUAAUGGCUGCAAUGACGCUGGUAGAGACGUUAGUAGCGAUAAUUCCGCUAGGGAGACUUUCGGGAUCCAACAAGGACUCCAUGAUACGCAUCUUAGCCUGGGUCGUUCUGCUCCUAGGCGUCAGCCUAGUCUUUGGUACGAUUUCGUGCCUUGCAUUUGCGCGUGUGAAAGGUGUGGAGGAGGUGUUGCAGGGGUCAACAAUGAACUUCGCCAUGGACGCGAAGUGUGUUGCCUAUCCAGGUAAAACGUACCCUUCUUUUGCGCUGUUGCCGGCGCAGCUUUCCGACGUGCGCUGGCGACCCGUCACCAUGGACCCGGAGGAAAAGUCGUUGAUCCCAUACUGUGUAGCAGGGCCUAAGGAUAAGAAUACGAAUAGGAAAUGUUACAUUAUAUUGUUUUUUGAUGCACUUUACAAAUCUCCAGUGUACAAUGACGCGGCGUCACUUUUCAAAGGUAAAAAUGUUGGAAGUACAACCGCGUUGGGUUUUGAUCCCACUAAAGACGACGUCGCUGCACCGCACAUGUGGUGCGCAGCAUUACAGUAUCCACAAGUUAUUGCUUUAACAACGGACAUGUACAAUGCAGUUCGUGAGGAACGUGACAUGAGGUUUCCUUCAAAUGACCAAUGGCUAAAUCCAGAGAUACGCCUGACUGAUACAUAUAGCAUCAGCUAUCGCUGCAGCUCCACAAUACAGCGUGAGGGAACAGAGUACCCUAUCAACUCAAUGACGCCCUGGUACUUGUAUAGUGUACCGUGGAAUCGACAUGGAAUUCCAUUAGUUACGUAUCACCUUCAGGAGCGUUCGGAUUUUCAGCUGUUGUACACUCUCUUCCUCAGACUUUCCGUUAUUUGCUACAUAAUAACGUUUAUUUUCUGUGCUCUCUUAUUGGUUGUUCAGUGUAUUUUCAAAAACGCUGCGAUCAGUGUACUCGGAGCGACAACCACGAUCACACUUUUCGUCAUUAACCCUAUAGUAAUGGUUCUCGCGGGUGUCAUGUGUGUUCACAUGAAUAAGUGGUACAUUAUGUGCAGCGUCACGUCAGGUGGACACCUCAUCGGCGGUGGAAUUGCCAUAGCCUUUAUGCUGGUUGCUAUUUACGUGUCUGUAUCGGACUAG